ACGGAGUUGAGCGCCUCAACGUCCCUCGCCCUACGCUGCGAUGUUCUUCCAUGGAUCAUCGACGACCUCCCACGUUAGAUCUUAGAGCAAUCAAAGGGACUCUUCAUCUUUUCUUCUUCUUUUUGAUCGGAUCGCAUUGAAGCGCCUUUGGCAGGUGAAAAAUCCCCGAAUUGCUGCAAUGGCGCUAAAAACCAUUAGAAGGAAGCUUCAUUCCGGAGAUGCUGAUGGGAGGCGAAGUGAGGAUCUGGAUCCACCAAAACCUUCCAGCAACUGCGAAGCACGCCUCGAAGAUUACAUUGAUUUUGGAUAUUACAAGGGAUGCAGCGAUAGAAACAAAGAUUGUUUGGACAACAAAAGGAAGGAAGUAAAUAUUCACUGGACAUGUGUUUUGUCCAAUUUGAGCACACAGUGGUCUCAUAGGCUAGCAAAUACUGGAUCAGUUCUUGGAAGGUUAUUGCCUGCUUCCUCUGUUACUACAUUUGAUCUUAGUCCCUUGCAGGAAGAACGGUUGAGAAGCCUUAAGAGAAGGCUACAUGUUCAGUUCGACGCUUCUUGUUUGGACCAUCAAAAUGCCUUGAAACAUCUUUGGCAGUUGGCGUAUCCUAAUUCUGAAACUCCCCCUCUCAAGUCUGACUCAUGGAAGGAAAUGGGAUGGCAAAGUUGUGACCCAUCGACCGAUUUUAGGAGUGGUGGCUAUAUAUCAUUAGAAAACCUCAUCUUUUUGGGCAAACAUUAUCCGAAUGCUUUCCAAAUUUUGUUGCACAAAAGAGAAGGCGAGAGGGCCACAUGGGAGUAUCCCUUCGCCGUGGCGGGUCUCAACAUAUCGUUUAUGUUGAUCAAGAUGCUAGACCUCGAAUCAGGUAAUUCAAAACCCACCAUUCGGAUGGAGGCUCAGUCGAUAUUAGUACUGAAAGGCUAUUUUGUUCCAGAGUUGCCAUCAUCAAAAGCAAGAGUUCGAUUCCUGCAACUACUAGAAUUCGAUGCAGAAGCAUUCGAUCAUCUAUACUGUUUGGCUUUCCGAAUGUUGGAUGCUCAGUGGCUCGCGCGCCGUGCUUCUUACAUGGAGUUUAACGAGGUACUGAAAUCUACCAGAAUUCAGUUGGAACGAGAGCUCGCAUUGGAGGACAUUACCAGGGUAAAGGAUUUGCCAGCAUACAACAUGUUAGCCUCGAUAUCUUGAGCCAGGUUCGAGUUAAUAUUUUCCUCCCGCAAAAUGAAAAUUUGAUUUACAUUGGUAAUAUUGUUUUCGAGAAAAAUCAAAUCAUAAAUGUAAGAGAAAAAAAAAGAAAGUGUUUGGUGAUUACAGAGAUUGAUUUGGUUUUUGUUUUAUGUUUCUUCUUUCUCAACAAUUCCUCUCUUUUAUGCUCACCAUUGCUCACUGAAUGAUCAAUUGCAUGAUCAAAGUGUUCAUAUUCAUCGUAACAAUAAAGAACAAUAAA